AUGAACUUUCCGACACCUGUCCCGCUUCCAUAUUCAUUUACGGGUAAAUUGCUCAGUCCUCUACCUACCAGCGAAGAAAUCCACAAUGCGCAAUUCAAACUUUCUCCUCGGAGAGAGGUUUGGGAUAGAAGCGGUGUUUGUUCCAUAAGGGAUUAUGUUAUCAAGUAUGGCAGAAGUGUCGGGGAGAACGAGGGAAACGCUCUUCUUUUUCUGGAGAAGAACCACAUUCCUGCCCCUCGCUUAUACGCCAUGUAUCGAGAAGCAUCAUCUGGUUAUCUCUAUCUGAUUAUGGAGCGUUUUGCUGGGCACAACCUGGAAUCUUUGUGGGCGGCCCUCUCGUCUCAGGACAAGUCAUCGAUUGCGACGCAGCUACGGUCAAUCUUCACUCAGAUACGAUCACUUAAUCCACCUUGUUUUAUUGGCGGUGUCUGUGGAGGUGGUGUGCCUAGCGCACUUUUUCGAACUGAAGACCCCAAUUCAAAGAUAAAUGGUCCGUUUCAGACAGCAUCAGAAGUGACCUCCGCACUUGCUAUUGUUUUGCAGGAUAACGAAGGCGGAUGGAUCACUGAUUACCUGAAAUGUUAUAUCUCAGGUGUACUACGCGACUCUCCUGUGAGAUUUACGCAUGGUGAUUUACACAUGCGAAAUAUCAUAGUAGAGAAGAUACCUGGCGAGCCUAGUCUGGAGACCUACGAACUGGGGAACGGGAAGAAUGACGAGCAAUGGAGUUAUCAAGUCAGAGGCAUUGUCGAUUAUGAGUCAGCAGGAUGGUAUCCGGCGUACUGGGACUACGUUACAGCAAUUGCGCGUCCCCAGCCAGCAAAUGAUUGGCCGAUGAUGGUAGAUGUCAUCCUUGAGCCAUAUGCGCCGGAGGCCUGUGCAUAUCUGUUAUUGCUGAAAGAACUGCAGUUUAUAUAUUAG